AAUCACAAAAGCAGACAGAGGAAAUGAUGAAGGGACUAGACGAGCAGCAUAAACUGAAUAGUGAUCUGAAGAAGCAGUUGACCAAACUCCAGAUGGAACUAGAGGAGGCAGUGUCCACCCGAGACUCGGCCCUGGCCCGGGAGUCAGCCAGUCGGGAGGAGUGUAAUCAGCAGGUCCAGAUGGCCAGUGAAGCUAAGGACAAAUACCAAAGAGAGCUGAUGCUUCAUGCUGCAGAUGUGGAGGCGCUGGCCGCUGUCAAGAAGCAGCUUGAAGAUUUCAAUUCUAAGUUGGCAAUUGAACAAGAAAUCAGAAUAAAAGCAGAAAAAGACUUGGAAGAAGGAAAGACCUCGUGGUUGGAGCAGGAGAGGAUCCUGAAGGAGGAGUGUGAGAGGCUGGAGAAGAGGAGUGAAGAACUCUCCAGCCAGAACGACAUCCUACACCAACAGAUGGAGAAGAUGAGCAGUGACGUAUUGUCCAUACAGAAAGCGGUCACUCGGUCCGGAUCACCUCAGAAACUGGCCGACCUAUCGUUUGAUGAGGACACAGCUCGGUCCACGGAACAACUGCAGGAAGUCAUCAGAUUCUUACGGAAAGAGAAAGAGAUUGCCCAAUCCAAGUUAGAGAUAGUUAAGACUGAGUGUAAUAACGUCAAGUAUAGGUACGAGACACAAAAGAAGGAACUGGAGGACGUGAGAAAGGCACUUACAGAGCAACAGAUAAAAGCACAGGCCAAUGUCCAGACGGCCUCCCAGCAUGCUGAUCUGAUGAGGAAAGUGGAGAACUUGAACAUUCUGACGGACAGUAACAAACUUCUGAGGGAGGAUAAAAACCGCCUGGAGCAGCUCGUGCAGGAGCUCGAGGCUAAGGUGUCCAACCUUGAGACCAGUGUAAACCCCCUACAAGCCUCCAUCCGGGACCUGACAGCUGAAAAGGAGGCUCUGAUGAUCGAGAGGAAUACUCUGAAGAGCGAGGUGGACCGGUGGAAGAGUCGGGCUAAUCACCUGAUAGAGCAGGCCAACAGGACAGAUCCAGAUGAGCAUAGGAAGAUUCUCCUAGAAAGAGAUGCUUUGAAAUUAAGAGUGAAACAACUUAUAGAUGAAUCUAGCAGAUGCAGCCAAGAGAAGGAGAAACUGACUCGAGAUCUUAAAACAGCUAACGAGGAGCAGUUACGAAUCAAGAAAUCACUACAAGACGUAACAAACAGCAAACAGGAACUACUCAACAGGAUUGCCAAUCUACAAAAAGAACUCAGUCAAUCACAAACUAUUGCCAGCUCAAAAGAAAAGGAGAUUUUCCAGAGUAGAAAUAUUUUGGCUGAAAAAGAAAAUGAAAUUACCCAGACUAGAAACAAAGUAUCUGAACUUGAAGGGGAGAUUCAAGGAUUCAAAGCCCAAAUUGAAGAGAAGGUGAAAGACAUUGAGGAAAAAACUAAAACCAUCAACCAGCUGAGGAAGAUCGGGCGAAAAUACAAGGAGCAGGCAGAAUCACUAACCAAAGAGAUAGAGGAACUUAAAGCUAAGACAGCAGCAGAACAGGCUAGCCAGCCCACCCAGGAGGAAGCCACUCCGAGUCAGGUGGAGGCCAACCAGCAGGUGGCGUCCCUCAGGGAUCAGCUGACACAAGCUGAACAGGAGAAGGAGGAGCUAAAACAGAAACUAGAGGUUCAGAGCGGGGAGUAUGGAGGGACAAAGAUGCAGCUCAGUCAGGCGCAACAGGAGAUUGGACAAUUAAAAGCAGAGAUAGAACAAUUAAAGAAGAAGACUGAAGAAUAUGAACAGAAACAAAAUCAGUCUAAGAAUGUUCUUCAAGCCGUGAAGAAGAAGCUAAGUUCUCAGAACGAGGAAAUCGGGAAACUGACGGCAGAGAAUACGGAACUGAAACAGAAGGCCUCUGCAGAACCACCAGCUGGGGCUACAGAGGAGGCAGAGUCAAGAAUGGCUGCCAUGAAAUCGACGUAUGAAAACAGGAUCAGCACGUUAACAAAGGAAGUCGCUGACAAUUCCCAGCAGGUCAAAACAUCAGCCGCCGAGAUAGCAGACAAAAAUAAACAGCUGGAACAGUUAAUGGCCGAGAAGGCAGAGCUCCAAGAUAAGAUUGCAACCAUGCAGAAACAGAUUGAUGCCCAGCCUAAGCCAGUGGCCCCACAACCCCAGGCGGCUCGUCAGGCAGCCACGGCAACAGUGGAGAGGGCAAGGCCUGUUGACAGAUCAAGUGUAUCUGUGGCAGAGUCCCCCAAAACAGCCAACAUCAAACCCAUGUCAACAUCUCCAGCGGCAGUACGGCCACAAGCCCCUGCCUCCCAGUCUCAGACGGCUGGGUCAAGGGUCAUAGCUAACAUUCGUCCAAUGGCUAUUGCCCCCACCAGUAUAUCACCGUUAGCUGUCAGUGUGCCUACCCCCACAGCAACAGUAAUGCCUACCACAGUGUCUCAGCACGAAGUCUCAGAUAGCAAUGAGGUGACCCAGGCCCAGCUGUCUCCUGUGAUGACAUCACGCCCGACCCAGCAGGUCCAGAGAGUCACGCCUCAAGUAGAGGCCUCCGCAGAUUCUUCGACAUCUGGUGGAGUAAUCAUCCAAGAAGUUCCAAGCAUUCAAGAACAAACAGUGACACAGUCAGAGGUAGAAGUUUCCUCUGCAGCCUCCUCAGCUGCCAGUGAUAAUAGUGAGAGCCAAUCAACAUCAGCGGCAAGGGAAGUAGCUCCAUCUACUUCCUCUUCCACUGUGACAAGGGAGGUCACUCCUACAACAACUCUGGCAGCAGGAGCCAGGGAUACCACCAGUGUGGCCUCUGUCAGCAGGGAUACCACCAGUGUGGCUUCUGCCAGCAGGGAUACCACCAGUGUGGCUUCUGUCAGCAGGGAUACCACCAGUGUGGCUUCUGCCAGCAGGGAUACCACCAAUGUGGCUUCUGCCAGCAGGGAGGGGCAAUCUCUGGGGAAACGAUCAAGAGAAGAGGCUGAAGGCAGCCAAGGAGAUGAAACAGAACCAAAGAGAACCAAGGUGUCAACAGCUCAGGGCUCACCGAUUCCAGCCAUAACAGUCACAGAUGAACACGCCAACACACAGACAGUAACAGAGGAGGAGCCAGUUCUGGAACUAGGACAAGAUGUCACUGAGGUCCAAACUCCACAACUCUCUACACAGGAAUCAGAGAUAUCCCUGGGACCAGCUGAGUCUACAGAUGACUUGGUGGAAGAUUUGUCGUCAGAACCUGCCAUGCUCUCAGAGUCACAAGGACAGCAG